GAAAAUGACAAAGAGUGGCUGCUCGAGUGAGGCGAUAUUUUACACAAUUACUGUAAUUUGUGCAUUUUUUUCCCUAACGGCCGCAAGGGGCCACUCGAGUGGAAAAGAACGGCUGCUGAGCACCCACCACCAUGACAACCAUGACAAAGAUACUGACAGGAGGGGGCCACUGCCGAAGGUGCAGCCCUCGCUAGACUUCCCCCGUCUGCUCGCGCUGCCCGCUACCACUACCCCCCCCCCACCCCCCACUCCGACAUCAUGGCCAACCACCUGGAGUUGAUCCAGGAGCUGCAGCAGCUGGACAAGGUGCCCAGUCUGGAGAGGCUGCGGGCGGCCCAGAAGCGCCGCACUCAGCAGCUCAAGCGCUGGGCCGUGUACGAGAAGGAGAUGCAACACAAAAAGCGCAAAGCGGACAGGAAGGGACGAAACGCCAACGGCUACCAGCACGCCGAGGCCAAGAGGCGGGUGUCGUUCGCCGCCAGCGUGGCGCUCCUGGAAGCGUCGGCCAGGAAUGACCCGGAUGAAGGUGGGCCCGCUCGUUUGCUGCGUGCUCGUUACUUAGGCGCAAACGGCUAAGGUCGAAUGUUAAAGUUCCGUUGCGUCUCACCGAGUGAGGGAAAAGACGGCGAAAUGUUUUACAACGAUGAAAGUGAGAAUCGGAAACACUUUAAUGGACGAAGAAGAAGAAGAAAAAAAAAUGAGGGUUAAAAAGGUAAAAAGUUGGGAUUUUACAAGAACUCUUUACAAGAAAGGUGUCGUCAGAAUAUUAAAGAAAAAGGAAAAAGGAUAUUACAAGUGAAAAAUGGGCAAAAAUGACCUUGCGAGAAUUAAACAUUUCACAACACUUGCUGUAAUUUCCGCCCCACAAGCCGAGACUCCCCCCCC